AUGCUUCAGUCAGUUAAGAAGACGUUUGCAGGGGGUCGGAAAAAGCAGGGUAAGUCAGACGCAGCGUCGCACGAUGCAGGCAAUGCAGCAGCGGCGCCAGCAGCGGGGGGUGGCAUUGCUCGGUCGGGCUCAGGGAAGCUUGCGUCAGGGGGAGGGAACGCCGGAAAGGCGGGAGGCCCGCAUCCGCCUCCAGGCGUCGCGAAUCCAACGGCUCCCGUUCGUCGCGACCCUAACGAAGUGAUCGCGCAGGCGAACGCGUCGCCUUUCGCGGAGCCGCUGCCGCUGUUUAGAGACGUGGGUCCGCAGGAAAAGCAGGCUUUAUUCAUCCGGAAGCUGCAUCUCUGCACUUACCUCUUCGAUUUCAACGACCCCAUGAAAAACGUGAAGGAGAAGGAGAUUAAGCGGCAAACGCUCCUGGAACUAGUCGACUACGUUAAUUCUGGAACCGGAAAAUUCAACGAGGCGGUAUUCGAAGACAUCACGCGCAUGCUGGAGAUUAAUCUCUUCCGGCCGUUACCGCCGUCCGCGCACGAGAUGUCCGGGUCGGAAUCGUUCGACCCGGAGGAGGAGGAGCCGACUAUGGAAGCCGCGUGGCCGCACCUGCAAAUAGUCUACGAGUUCCUGCUUAGGUAUGUCGUCUCUAACGAGACCGACGCCAAGGUCGCGAAGCGCUACGUGGACCAGAAGUUCAUCUUAAAGCUGCUGAACCUGUUCGACUCGGAGGACCCUCGCGAGCGGGACUAUUUGAAGACUAUUCUGCACCGGAUUUACGGAAAAUUCAUGGUGCACCGGCCGUUCAUCCGCAAGGCAAUUAACAACAUCUUCUACCGGUUUAUCUACGAGUCGGAGCGGCAUAACGGCAUCGCGGAGCUGCUGGAGAUUCUAGGGAGCAUUAUUAACGGGUUCGCGCUGCCGCUUAAGGAGGAGCAUAAGUUGUUCCUGGUCCGCGCGCUGGUUCCCCUGCACAAGCCUAAGUGCGUGUCGAUGUACCACCAGCAGCUGUCGUACUGCAUCACUCAGUUUGUGGAAAAAGAUCCGAAGCUCGCGGAUUUGGUGCUGCGCGGAUUGCUGAAGUUCUGGCCCUUAACUAACAGCCAGAAGGAGGUGCUGUUCCUGGGGGAGUUGGAGGAGAUUCUGGAGCUUACACAGGCGCCGGAGUUUCAGAUGGUCAUGACGCCGCUGUUCCAGCAGAUCGCGCGCUGCCUCAGCUCCUCACACUUCCAGGUGGCGGAGCGCACGCUGUUCCUGUGGAACAACGACUACAUCGUCACUCUCGUGGCGCAGAACCGCACCACCAUCCUGCCGCUCAUCUUCGCUGCUCUCGAGCGCAACGCCAGAAGCCACUGGAACCAGGUAUGGUGCCACGUGGAGUGCAGAAUCCCGCCUCUCCGCUACUGCUUUCCCUCCUCUCCCCGUCUCCUCUCCCUCCUCUCCCCGUCUCCUCUCCCUCCUCUCCCCGUCUCCUCUCCCUCCUCUCCCCGUCUCCUCUCCCUCCCCUCCCUUUUUUUUCUCCCUCCUUUCUGCUUGGCUUUUCCCUGCUUUCCGCUUCUCCUCUCCCUCCUCUUCCGCUUCUCCCUCCCUGCUCUCCCUUCCCUCACCCUUUGCUCUCCCUCCUCUCGACCUCUCCCCUCCCUUCCAUUACUCCUCUCUAUCCCCUCUCCCACUCUUCCCGCUUCCCCACUCCCCUCCAUUUCCUCUGUCCCUCCCCCCCUCCGCCGUUGCUGUGAACAAGCUGGCAAUAAGCAUGCACAAGUUUUUUUCUCCUCUUCCCCUCCGCCGCCCAUCUCUCCCUCCACUGCCUACGCUCCUCUUCUCCUAUGCUCUCCCUCCUCUCUCCCUCCUCUCCCCUCUGCUUUCCCUCCCCUCUGCCCCCCCCCAACCACUUCCCCUACUCCUCUCCCGCUCUGCCCCUCUCCCUCUCUGCUCUCCUGCCCUCCCCCAUUCUUCUCCUUCCCAUCCUGCCCUCCCCCAUUCUUCUCCCUCCCAUCCUGCCCUCCCCCAUUCUUCUCCCUCCCAUCCUGCCCUCCCCCUCCACCCCCAGGCGGUGAAUGGGCUGACCAUUCACGAGAUGGACCAGCCGCUUUACGACGAGUGCCAGCGCCAGUUGCUCCCCUGCCCAAUGCAUGCUCUGCUGCUUCUCUGCUCCCCCUCCUCUCCCCCUCUGAUCUCCCUCCUUUCCCCUGCCCUCCCUCCUGUCCUUCCCCCACGGCUCUCCCUCCCCCACCCCGGCCCUCCCACCCCUCCCCCCCCCUUCUCCCUCCCCUGCGGCAGGCGGUGAACGGGCUGACCAUCAACGUGCGCAAGAUGUUUCUGGAGAUGGACCAGCCGCUCUACGACGACUGCCAGCGCCACUUCCUGGAAGAAGAGGGCCGCUCUGCUGAUGUGGAGGAGCUACGCGCCGCCACGUGGCAGCGUCUGGAAGAAGCAGCGGUGACGGGAGGGGUAGGGGGAGGCGGGUUCGGUGGAGGGUUGCAAGGGGGGAUGGAUGUGGAUAGCAGAGAAGGCCGGUCGCAAGAUUAUGAUAACAAUUUAGGAUGA